AUGUCCACGUUUUUUGACGAAAUGAAAAGGUCCUUCGCCGAUGUUCCGGUGGAGGACAGCAAGAUCGACACUGCUGCUUUUUUGGAAGCGUCUGAAUCGCUUGUCAAGCUCUUUGACUUGUUGGGAUCAACCGCGUUCAGUGUUGUCCAAAAGGACAUGAAUGGUAACAUCGAGAAGGUGCGUGCUAAGCUUUUGGCGUCUCCAGGUGAUGCUGCUACCUUGCAAGGUUUGAUUUUGUCAGAAGCGGGCUCCUCCGACAAAAAAGCCACGCAAGGUCUUUUGUGGUUGUGCCGUGGCUUGCAAUUCACUGCUGCAGCCAUGAGAGAAACGGUGGACCACCCAGAGAAGGACUUGACAGUCACAUUCACCAGCGCCUACUCGAAAACCUUGUCUCAAUAUCACGGCAUGUUGGUUAAGCCUAUUUUCAAGUUGGCCAUGAAGGCAUGUCCUUACAGAAAGAACUUCUUUGAUAAGUUGGGCAGCGACCAAACCAAGGUGAACGACCAAUUGCGUGUGUGGUUGGAGGCUUUGGAGAAAAUUGUCGCCAUUAUCAUGGAGUUUUUCGCUCUGGGCAACUACGGGAAGGGCUUGUAA